GACUAGACGGAGGAGAAAAACUUCAUCCGCGAGUACAGGCCCCCUCUCCAGCGCGGCGCUGGCCACCCAGGUGCGCAGGUCAGCAAUGUCAUCUGAGCCUCCCCCCCCGCCACAGCCCCCCACGCAUCAGGCUUCGAUCGGGCUGCUGGACACCUCUGGGGCCCGAGAUCGGUCACCCUCUCCCCUGAGAGGCAACGUGGUCCCGAGCCCGCUGCCCACUCGCCGGACAAGGACCUUCUCAGCGACGGUGCGGGCUUCGCAGGGCCCUGUCUACAAAGGAGUCUGCAAGUGCUUCUGCCGGUCCAAGGGCCAYGGCUUCAUCACCCCUGCUGACGGCGGCCCCGACAUCUUCCUGCACAUCUCCGACGUGGAAGGGGAGUACGUUCCCGUGGAAGGUGACGAGGUGACCUAUAAGAUGUGUUCCAUCCCGCCCAAGAACGAGAAGCUGCAGGCCGUGGAGGUGGUCAUCACCCACCUGGCACCGGGCACCAAGCAUGAGACCUGGUCUGGGCACGUCGUCAGCUCCUAGGGGACCCAGAAGCACCCCUUCUCCUGAGCAUGUGGGAGACUUUGUGGGGAGCAGGAGUCAGGGCCACACUGGAGAUGAUCUACCGCACGAGACGGGGCUUCUGGGGGGACACAGUCCCUUCUGAGUGUCUCUGGAGGAAGGGGUGGGGGCAGGCCCGGGCGCUCCCGGCCAUCAGCAGCCUCCUUCCGUCAGCAAGCUCUCACCACCUGGAAAGCAUUAAAGGCAUUUAAAAAGGAGAGGCGCCUGCUGGUGGCUGAGCCAGGGACCCAGCCAGCCUGGGGGCGGGU